CGAGGGGCCGGAGCUCCUGGCGGUGCCGGAUCCUGACGGUGGCCUUUCCCCGGGUCUGCGCGGGGGGAAUGAGGAAGGGAGACUGUCCCAGGAUGUCCUUCCGGGACGCCCAGCCCGCCCCAAAGAGGAAUAAAGCUAGUUGACACCGGAUGUGUUUCCUCCCAGGCUAACCCCACCUUCCGGCCUGGGCCGCCGCCGCUGCCUCGGAAAGCUGGGCUCUGGCUUCUGAGUCGAUUGUGACCAUGGCUGCUGAGUCUGAAAUUCUGCACUUCCAGUUUGAACAGCAAGGAGAUUUAGUCUUGCAGAAAAUGAAUCUUUUGAGACAGCAGAAUUUAUUUUGCGAUGUGUCAAUUUAUAUUAAUGACACUGAGUUCCAGGGGCAUAAGGUGAUUUUAGCUGCUUGCUCCACUUUCAUGAGAGAUCAGUUUUUACUCACACAGUCAAAACAUGUCAGAAUCACCAUCUUGCAGAGUGCAGAAGUUGGCAGAAAAUUGUUGCUCUCUUGCUAUACUGGAGCACUUGAAGUUAAGAGGAAAGAGCUUUUGAAAUAUUUGACUGCUGCUAGUUACCUUCAGAUGGUUCACAUUGUAGAAAAGUGCACAGAAGCUUUGUCAAAGUAUCUGGAAAUUGAUCUUUCUAUGAAAAAUAGCAGUCAGCAUGCUGACUUGUGUCAAUCCUCUGAUCCAGAUGUUAAGAAUGAAGAAGAAAAUUCAGAUAAAGACUGUGAAAUAAUUGAAAUUUCAGAAGAUAGUUCUGUAAAUAUAGAUUUCCCUGUUAAAGAAGAGGAAAGCAGUGCUUUACAGUCUACAGUAGAGAGCUUGACAUCAGAGAGAAACGAAAUGAGGUCACCAGAGCUGUCUUCAGUAGACCCAGGUUUUAAAGACAAUGAAAUUCGUAUCCUCCAUGUGGAAUCUAUCAGUGAUGGAGGUGUAGAAAAUGAGAAGUUUUCACAGCCUUGUACCUCUUCAAAAGCAAGCAUGUAUUUUUCUGAAACACAGCAUUCACUGAUCAAUUCUACAGUUGAGAGCAGAGUGGCCGAAGUUCCUGGGAAUCAAGAUCAGAGCUUAUUUUGUGAGAAUACUGAAGGAAGUCAUGGGACAGUGAAUGAGAUCCAAAGUCUAGAGGAUGCGUAUUCACUGAGGCACCAGUGCCCCCGGUGUCCUCGUGGGUUUCUUCAUGUUGAAAACUAUCUGCGCCACCUUAAGAUGCAUAAACUGUUCUUGUGCUUACAGUGUGGGAAAACAUUUACGCAGAAGAAAAAUCUCAACCGCCAUAUUCGAGGGCACAUGGGCAUACGGCCCUUUCAGUGUACUGUGUGCUUGAAGACAUUUACUGCUAAAAGCACACUUCAGGACCACCUGAACAUACACAGUGGGGAUCGGCCGUACAAAUGCCACUGUUGUGAUAUGGAUUUCAAGCACAAAUCUGCCCUCAAAAAGCACUUAACCUCUGUCCAUGGCAGAAGCAGUGGUGAAAAACUACCCAGGCAUGAUCUUGAAAGGCAAAAUCUAUAAUCAGAAUCAUACCUUGCUAUGUGAGCCUUAUAUCAUACUGUUACACAAGUCUCUAUAGAAAUGCAGCAUUUGUAAUAUCGCAUUUCCACCCCCAUCUUUGGGUCUUAUUUUUGGUCUACCUACACAUGUUAUUCUUUCUGAACUUGUACUACCAGUUCCAAAGUGUGGGAGACGUGGUAAAGCUGAUGGGAUGCUGUCUCGUCUCAUACAUUAUGUAAAAGUCCCAGUGAUAUACCUAGAGAAACAAUGUUCCUCUUAAAUAUUCUUGAUUCUGGUGACAGAGGAGAUCCAGCGGUAUUUCCAGAUUCUAAGCUUGAGACUGUAGAUAACUGAUGUAAGUGUAAAAUCCAACUAUACGGUGACUCUAAUAAAUUAGGAUAAUGGGAAGAAGAUAAAUUUCAAAACAUACUGUUAUCCAUUAUUAUUCACUUUAAGAACAGAACUAGUGAACUUUUUUUUUAACCAACUAUUGGAUUCUAAACUAAACACUAAGGUAUCUAUUGUUUUAAACUAUAAAGGAACACAAUUGAGAUUCACUUGGGAGUAGCAGAAUUUCCUUAUACAUGAGCUAAUAUUCCUUUAAAUAGUAUUUCCAUGAGUUGUUAAUAUAUGUAUUUUAGAAAUGAUUACUUUGGCCUAGGUUUCUUGAUUUUACUUAGUACAAUUGCAUUUAAUAAUUUUGUGGCCAGUAAAAUUAUACUGUUGGCAUGGAGCUCUAAGAUAUUUGUUCCAUUUCCUUUUUGAAAUUAGUUUUAUUUUGUUAGUUGACAUAUAGUAAAACUGAUCUUUGGUUUUGGUGUACAGUUCUAUGAAUUUUAACACAUGUACAGAUUUAUGCAGCCACCACUGCAAUCAGGAUAUAGAACAUUCCAUCACCCUCCCGAACUCCUUUAUUCUGCCCCUUUGUAGUCAACUCUUCCUCCUAGCCUUAAACCCUGGCAACAGUCCUCCAUCACUAUUUUACCUUUUCUGAAAUACCGUAAAUGGAAUCUUACAGUAUGUUCCCUUUUGAGAUGCUUUUUUUCACUUAGCAUAAUGCCUUUGAGAUUCAUCCAUGUUGUGUGUAUCAGUAGUUCAUUCCUUUCUUUAUCUUGGAUUGGCAAUACCAGUUUUUCUUGCUGUCACUGGAUGAACAGUUUAAACAUGGGGAGCAGCUAUUCAUGUUCUCUUAAUUAAUAACUUUUCAUUUUUAUUAAUGCAAUUUUCAUUUACUGUGUAUUGACAAAAACCCAACCCUCCCUAGAGUUUUAGUCUAUAUUUCCAGAAAUGUGCCAAAAGUAAAACCAUGACCAUGUGGCUAUUUUACUUAGAGUGAUAGUUCAGAUUGUGGAUGAGCCAUUGCUCUCUUACUAUUCCCAUCCACGUGUAACACAAAACAUUCUUUGUUGUUAUAACAAAGAUUAAAAUAUUUUGUCAGGCAAAUCGUAUUUUCUAAAAAACAGGAACUACUUUUGGUAAAAAAAAAAAAAGCCUGACUGAAUACAGCUUUCAAGAUGUUCUAUUCCUCCUCUAGUCACCUCAGCUUUAUUUAGAAUUUAUGCUAUGUUUAGUUUAUGUUGAAGCCCUUCCAUAUUUUAAAAUGUAAUAUACUUUGUAUCAUUUAUUUGAAUUUUGUGAUGAAUCCCAUGUUGAUUGUUAGAAAUAUUAAAUAUCCUUUUGGUGAUACUUUGAAAAAUAUAUUCUGUAUAGAUUUUUAACUCUGGGAGAGAUUUUAAAGAAUCCAGCUCUCAUAUUUGGUAAGAAAACCAGCUUCAUAACUCCCGGGUUACUAGUUACUGACAUUGGGUAGGUCACUUCUCCUUGAGCUUUUCUUAAAUUUGUAUAAAAUAACAGCUUUGAUCUUGAUAAUUUUUAAGGUCAUUUCCUGGUCUAAAAUGUUAUUUUCUAUUUAAAUCUUCCUGAGUUCCUAAGGACAGAGAAGAGGGGAAAGCAAGUGAGGAGAAUUUUGUGUUUUUAUGAAUGUUGCAAUUUGAGUACUCCUUUGAAGACAGAAUUUUUCUAAGUUAAAGUGUUUUUCUUCCACUGAGAACAGUGAUGGCACAGUGCUCAAUUUUCUUUCCCAUUUGACACAUGAUUAGCCAUUGGUGGGCAUGAGAACAUUUCCCUUCCAGAAAUAGUUUGUGAUUGAAGUACUUUUCUUAUUUUUGCUUCCUAGGAUGAAAUUUUAUGGGGGAGGGAUGAGGAUGGGAGGGGAGAGUAAAAGAAUAGUAAUAAAUUUUUUUGAGGAAUUGAUAUCUAUCUUUGAUGUUUGAAAAAAUUAUGAUUGUACUAUGUUUAUGUUUUAUGUAUGCCUUGUAAGAUUCUUGUGAAAUAUUUUGUAAGCACUUUGAGAUUUUUGCUUGGGGGUGGUGUUUUGUGAAAAUGAUGAUUGUUAUUUAUUAUUAUUUAUUCCUGUUCAGUAGCACAGAGUGAUCUCAAAACAUUCCUAGGAGAGUGUGUUGUUUGCAUGCUGUGUCUAAACAAUUUCAGGAAAAUGAAAUCUUUUAAAAAAUGCAGGUAUGGCAAAGUAAAUUGUUGAAUUUAUUCACUUAAAACAUUCACUUUUAGUUGUUUGUGUUUCUGGUAUGAUGGGGAAAAAAUGCAGUAUGCUUCACUUCAGCCUUUUCAUUUAUUGGAUUUAUGUAUAAAAAAGGUCUUGGAAAGGCAGUUGUUACUUUGGUGUAAGAGAAAAAUCCUUGCCCUUUUUCCCUGGAUGUAACUAUCCUGUAUGUUUACAUAAAUAAUAAUAAACUGGAGAUGGGGAUGGAGA